AUGUUUCUGGCGUGGAGAAAUGUGUCGCGGAGGAGGAAGUGGCGUGUAGGAGAAGCGCAGCGACGAGGAGGAGCUUGUCGCGAAGAAGGAAGCAGUGAUGAGGAUGAGCGCAGCGCGGAAGAAGCGCCACUGUCCAGAGCUUCUCUCAUCGACCUCCUGCUCUUCCCUCACUCCCUCACUUCCGUCCAACCACGGCCUGCUACCGUCGCGUCGCAACUUCCAACUUCGAACAGCCACCGCCUGCUCCCUCACUUCCCUUCCAUCGCGCAGCAAACGUCGCAAACUUCCUUCCCUCCAUCGCGCAACCCCCCCUUCUUCCCCCAAUCAUUCGUGCACUCCCUCGGGACCUCUGAAGCAAAGCAAAACCCUAGCCCUUCAUCGCCGCCGCCGUCCCCAGGCCUCAGCGCUGCCGCUGCUUCCUCUUCCUCGUGUCGUUUUCAUCUUCGCUGGCUUCUCCGCACGGAACCCAGUCACAGAUUUAAGAUCAAAGGUUGCAUUUAUCUCGCUAUUCUACCUCUGGAGAAUAAGAAAGUUACUAGCAGGUUGUGUACAUAUAAACGACCAACUUAUGAUCAUCGAGUUUUGAGGACUUCACUUAGUUAUGCCCAAAGAAGAUUGGUAUGCAUACCCAGGAAGCACCGAAAUGCUUUGUGGGUAUCUUUUUGUCCCAACGAGGAGUUAUGUAGGCCUCAUUGUAGUUGCAAUUUGCGCUAUCAGAAUAAACAUGCCAGAGACACGGUUGCAAGAUGCGAACUUGCAGCAGCGGGAGAUAGUCACUCAUUGUCAGCGAAUCUGAAAAUGGAAUCAAAAGUUAGGGGAGCUUGUUUUUAUGCUGUCACCGCCCUUUCCGCCGUAUUUCUUUUUGUGCUGAUGCUGGUUGGACAUCCAUUUGUACUACUAUUUGAUCGUCAACGAAGAAAAUUUCAUCAUUAUGUUGCCAAAGUCUGGGCUUCACUCACAGUUGCUCCAUUUUAUAGAAUAAAAUUUGAGGGGUUGGAGAAUCUGCCACCUCCUGAUACACCUGCUGUGUAUGUUUCCAAUCAUCAGAGUUUCCUUGACAUAUAUACUCUUCUCACUCUAGGAAGAAGCUUUAAAUUCAUAAGCAAGACUGGGAUAUUUCUCUUUCCGAUAAUUGGGUGGGCAAUGUUUCUUCUAGGCACCAUUCCUUUGAAGCGCAUGGAUAGCCGAAGCCAGAUGGAUUGUGUUAAACGAUGCAUGGAUCUUAUCAGGAAGGGAGCCUCAGUUUUUUUCUUUCCAGAGGGAACACGCAGUAAAGAUGGAAAACUAGGUGCUUUCAAGGUUUAUAUCUCAACUCAUAAAGGUGCCUUCAGUAUUGCUGCCAAGACAAAUGCACCAGUUGUACCAAUAACCCUUAUUGGAACUGGUCAAAUCAUGCCAGCUGGAAGAGAGGGUAUAGUAAACGUAGGUUGGGUCAAAGUUGUUAUUCAUAAACCUUUAGGUGGGAAAGACGCUGAAAUGUUGUGCAAAGAAGCUAGGACGACAAUCGCAAGUGUAUUGUAAUCACUCAAACCUGAGAGAUGCUAUGCAUGAGUUCUUUUUCAUUUCUUCCCUGUUACAUAACUCGGCAACUUCGAGGGGAAAAUCCCAUAGCCACAUUUGCAUUUGUGGGGUCAUGAAUUAGAAACUUUAAAAGAAAUUAAAGAGGGAUUGUCAUCCCUAAUGAGAGGAUUCUGAUCCCAACUAUAAUCCUAUGUUUUUUAUUUGAAAUCAUAGAAAAUUUAUAUUUUAUAGAAUAAUCUUUUUAUCACGCAA